CUUUUCAAUCGUCGACUCGUUGAAAUAAACCGCAUGCUCAUUGGUCGACGGAAGUUGUCCAGUAGUCGUUCGAUUUCGAUUGAAAUUUAAUAUAGGGAUAUCUUAUAAUAACCGCAAAUCUCCAUAUUUAAAAAUUUUUUUCGUUCUUCUUUUAGAAAUAGCGAAUCAGACGAAAAGAGGAAACGAUUAAAAAAUGUCGCUUCCCUUUGUAAACGAUACUAAUAAUAUUGUUCCUGAUUCUCUUUUGACCACAUACGGAAUUAAAAGUAUAGAGCUGAGUGUCACGAAAGAUGUAACGAAUAUGUGCCAAAGUAGCUUGCUGGAGAAAGAGAAGAUUUUAAAGGAAGAGAAACAAAAGCUGAUCGAAUUAAAUAAUCAAGUGUGGUCGCUGAAAGAUUCAUAUUGCAAUCAGGUGUGGCAGUUCUCGCAGGAACAUAAUUUCUCUGUCAUCUUUAGAUAUUAUCCCUUUAUUACGGAAAUUGAUCUUUGCAAAAAGUGGAAGAACAAUAAUUUAAACGACGAUGUAGAAAGGAGUUCAGAGCUGAUGGAUCUCAUAAAUGAAAUUGAUGCUAUUAAAGCAAAAAUUUCUAAUCUUAAUCGUGAAAAGAAUAUCAAGCAAGAUGUGGAGAAUGCGUUAAUGAAAUUAAAGAAAUUGCAAUCAAUUUCGGAUGAUGCUGCAGAACUACUGAGAUUAAUAAAUCCUCGAGAAUAUUCAGGUGGUAUUAUUACACCGAUAUCAAUGCCAAUAUAUGACGAAAUAAUUCCUAAUCACAGCGAUAAAAUUACACGACGUAAAAAUGAUUCAAACUGCAAAAAUUUAAAGAACAAGAAGGCACGCGACAAUAAAGGGGAACCGUUACUAAGAAAUCAAUUGCACUUGAAAGAUGACAAAUUAAGUGCUGCUGCUAAUAAAAAAGAAGUAACUAAGACUCCGAAGAAUUAUCCGCAAUUAUCCCUUCAAAAAACUAUCGUAUUCAGUGCGAAAACAAGGAUCACGAACGCAUCUACAGAACUUAACCAUGACGAAAGAUACAAAAAUUUUACUCCAAAGAAACGUAGCGAUAUUUCUGUCAGGUUUGAGCAGCAUCGUGAUAAUUAUAAUCAUUAUUAUCAAUAAUUACUUCCUUUUUUUUCUGUAAGCAUAUAUAUAUCUUUACGCAUAUAAAUACAAUGUAGAAAUUGAAGAUGUCUAAAAAAAUAAAGGAAGUUUGGUUUCUUGUA